AACUCCACUGAAGCAGCCACCUUAACUUUUCUCUCCCCUCUUUCAUUUAUUUAUACUCUCACAGCUCUGCCAGACUGCAACUCACACUUCACUAUUCUCUCUCUCUGUGCGAUGGAAGGAAAGGUAAGAGCUACCCAUCUCUUUUCCUUCACCAUAUCCCUUCUCUUUCUUUCCUCCACCGCUCUCAACUACCAGACCCUGGUCCCCAAAUCCCUCCCAUCCCCACCCACCCUUUCAUGGACCGAAUCCGAAACUCUAUCCUUCUCAGAACCAGACACAAACACCACCAGGACUCUCGACGUCGAGCUACACCACAUCGACGCGUUGUCCCUCAACAAGACCCCGCAGCAACUCUUCAAUCUCAGGCUCCAGCGAGACGCUUCCCGUGUUAAAUCCCUGAUCUCCGUCGCCGAGGAAGCUAUCAAAGGAUCCGGCGUUAAUGUCACUCGCGCUGGCGCGCGUGGUGCGGGGUUCAGCAGCUCUGUGAUAUCGGGGCUCGCGCAAGGAAGCGGCGAGUACUUCACGCGCUUGGGGGUGGGAACGCCUCCUCGGUAUGUGUACAUGGUGUUGGAUACGGGAAGCGACGUCGUUUGGAUCCAGUGUGCCCCUUGUAAGAAAUGCUAUUCACAGUCCGACCCGGUUUUCGACCCGAGGAAGUCCAGAUCCUUCGCUGUGGUCCCAUGUGGGUCCCCCUUGUGCCGCAAACUUGACUCUCCGGGUUGCAAUCAGAGGGUGAGGAAGUGUCUCUAUCAAGUCUCUUACGGCGACGGUUCCUUCACUGUCGGCGAUUUCUCCACCGAAACGCUGACGUUUAGAGGGACGCGAGUAGGCCGAGUAGCGCUCGGUUGUGGUCACGACAAUGAGGGCUUAUUCGUCGGAGCUGCGGGAUUAUUAGGGCUCGGGCGCGGGAAAUUGUCGUUUCCCAGACAAGCCGGGAUCCGGUUCAACCGCAAAUUCUCGUACUGCUUAGUGGACCGGUCUGCUUCUUCUAGACCGUCUUCAAUGGUUUUCGGUGACGCUGCAAUAUCGCGAACCGCCCGGUUCACUCCCUUGGUCGCGAAUCCAAAGCUGGAAACGUUCUACUACCUUGAGCUUCUCGGGAUGAGUGUCGGCGGCACACGUGUCUCUGGGAUCUCUCCAUCUCUAUUCAAACUUGACCCCACCGGGAACGGAGGGGUCAUAGUUGAUUCGGGUACUUCGGUUACUCGUCUGACCCGACCCGCUUACAUUGCCCUGAGAAAUGCAUUCCGUAUUGGAGCUUCGAAUCUGAAGCGAGCGCCCGAGUUCUCGUUAUUUGACACGUGCUUUGAUCUGUCUGGGAAAACGGAGGUGAAGGUACCGACGGUGGUGAUGCAUUUCCGUGGUGCAGACGUGGCAUUACCGGCGUCGAAUUAUCUGAUUCCGGUGGACAGCAGCAGUAGAUUUUGUUUCGCCUUUGCGGGGACAAUGAGUGGGUUGUCGAUCAUCGGGAACAUCCAGCAGCAAGGGUUCCGGGUUGUUUAUGAUUUAGCGGGUUCCCGAGUCGGGUUUGCUCCACGUGGGUGCGCAUAGGUCUUUUCGCUGUUUUUUCGUCUUUAUUUUUUUUUUCUCUUUUAUUUUAAAGGGAAGGAAGCUCUUUCCCUCAGGACCCUGACUGCCUUUUUUUAUUUUCUUUUUUUUUAAAAUGGGCUUUAAAAUAUAUAUGAGAAAAUAACUAUAUCUGGA